UCGUGUGCAUCGACGCCCAAACAGUUGCGAACUUAACACUGAACUUUUCUUCCACACUCGGUUCAUCACCGAGACGGCAGCGGGGCCACUAGCAAUUGCCCUCGAUCUAAUCUGGCCGCUUUCGCACAACGCGUAUGACCUUAAGCGUUCCACCGUCAUCACAUCCGCAAGGGUUGUGUUUCCUAGUGCCAUUGUUCCGUUCCGUCUGGGCCUCGUGACACAUGUCUGUACGCGUCAGUGCUAUCGAAUUCACGGUUGGCAUCAAUUGAAGAAUAAAGUGGAUUAUUUUACAUCCGUUCGAUUGUUGGUUGCAACUCGAGUGUGUACAUAGCUGUCAGGUUUUUGUUGUUGUUACUAGAGUUUACCAGUGAUCCGGUGCGAUAAGAAACUUCGGCCUGUUAUCUAUUUCUAUUGGUAAACGUCAAUACAUCCAUGCAGUAACCAUGUACAUGUAUGAACCACCAAAAAAGAAUACUUUUACUUCUGUCGAAGAAUUCCAGGAGGCUUUCAACUUGUUCGACAACCGAGGAGAUGGGAAGAUCCAACAGCAGCAAAUUGGGGAGUGCCUGCGAGCGCUCGGGCAAAAUCCGACAGAGUCGGACGUGAAAAAAUUUACCAUGCAGCUGAAACCCGAUGAGCGUGUUUCGUUUGAAGUUUUCUUGCCAAUCUAUCAAGCCAUUUCCAAGCAGCGUACCGCGGAUACUGCGGACGACUUUAUUGAGGGUUUGCGUCACUUCGAUAAGGACGCUAGUGGAUUUAUCUCGUCCGCUGAAUUGAGACAUUUGCUCACCACACUUGGUGAGAAAUUAGCUGACGAUGAGGUUGAACAACUUCUUCAGAACCAGGAGGACUCCCAAGGGAACGUUAACUACGAGGAGUUCGUUCGGAUGGUGAUGAGUGGUUAAUCAAUAUAAAUAUGCAUUUAACAUCAAAUCCACCAUGUUUUUAAUACCUUGCUUUUAAAGAACACAAUAAAUUUGUGCCCAAUUCCAUGUGGAAUAAAAUAACAAUAACCAUACUUAAGGGAGAACUAUCGCGAAAUUUCGAAAUGCAUUGUUUCCAUCUAGAACAUAGUUAGUAUGAAAACCGUACGUAAGGCAUUUUAACUUUAAUUUGGCAGGUGACUUCGUUGGCCACAUGUGCUGUUGAUUGUAGUUACAAAUGUAAGCUACCAAUUACUUCCGCUGCAACAUCCAAUUCUGUUAAAUGUUAAGUAUUAUUUACCGCUUAAUGAGCUAUUUCGAAUUUAUUCCUGCACGUAAAAUACUUUUUGGCAAAAUGAGCAGUUUUUGAAAUUUUUGGAUGCAUUUCUAACGAUGAGUCGGAAAACGAAGUUAAACAAUAGUAACGAUACCUUUGUCAUUUUUUAUUAUAUUUUAAUUUGAAUAAUAAAGGCGUAACUUAUACAAUUA